UGUAAACAGCCUCAGUCCUCUACACGGUGGGGAAAUGGCUAAGUUAGUGUUAGGACCGUGUUGCUCGGUGGUCGGAUGCUCCCUCAGACCAGGGACAAACUUAAUGUCUCAGAUUAAAGUCUUCCGCUUUCCUAAAGACACUCAGCAGCGCGAGGCGUGGACCGCUGCGGUCAGGCGGGAGAACUGGACACCGUCGGUGAACUCCAGAGUCUGCAGCACUCACUUCAUCACCGGGAGGCCGUCAGAUGACCCUCUCCAUCCUGACUACGCCCCAUCAAAGCUGCUUCACAAACCUCAGAGAGUGAAAGGAACGGAGAGAUACUGUAAGUCAGUGAAGCGAGCGGCUUCAGCACCAACACAUUCUGAGGCGGGGCCUGUCACUGUGAUGCAGAUUGAACCUGAAGGCCUCAGAUACAAGAGCACAUCAGUGGGGACAGAUCUGUCCAUGAAGGACAUUGAGGACCUGCUCAGUGAAAACGCUGCCCUGAAAAACUACAUCAAAAAACUGGAGACUAAACUGAAAGUUUGCGAGUAGAGCAGAACACCUCUGCUGGGUUUCAGUCAUUCUUCAGCUGUGAUGUGUUUUACAUCUCAACAGCCUGGACACUCAAAACCACCACAGCUCCACCUGACAACCAGCUCUGUGCUGUGUGCAUGAAACUGCACCUUGACCUCACUCAGCUGGUUUUGUGUUACCAGUCCAGGUGUAGUUCUGGUUUUAUUUCUGCCAUUUUCCAUGACUGACUGAAUGUUAUGUUGCAGUAUCUGAAAUGUCUGUCAUGUUCUCGAGAUGGACAGUGUAUCAGAGAGAAUAUGACUCUUCAACAGUGUAAGAUGCAUCUUAGAUUUCAGUGAAAUCUUCAUAGAGCGACAAACAUCUCUCAGUGCCUGGGCAUGAACACAUCCACAGUAUCAAUCAAUCAGAGUUCCUAAUAGAAUAAGUCCUGUCACUUUCCAUCCCAAAGCUUGGGGUGAAUGUGCAAGUGACAAAGUCAUUACACAGCCAUCUGGCACUGAUAUCCUGGAGGAGGGAGACACGGUCCUUUUUGACAGAGGACUCAACCUCCCAGAAUACUUUGCUACAAAAGGUGAGAGGCUCCAUGUACGAGCAUCGACAUGUAACAAAACACAGCUAACAGGUAUCGAGCUGUCGCCAGAUGUCACAGGCAGAAAUCCAUGUGACAUGCUCAUCUGGCAGAUUAAAGACCUCACAUUUUGAAAAAUAACCUGUCACUCAGCACAGUGAAGUGCAGAACAAGUGACAGCACGACUGCAAUCACUGAAAUAUUACUGGAUUGUGCUGCUUUGUCAAACCUUGACAAACCCCUUGUAUGUUUAAAAGGAUAGUUUGGAUUUUUUUUGAUUGUUUGAGGUACUUAUCUACAGACAGUGUGUUACCAACAGUAGAUGUCAGUCAGCACACCCCUAGUUUGGAGAAAUCUGACACAGAAGCUAAGCAAUGAACUGCUGUGGACGGGAGCAGCAACAAAAGCUAUUAUAGCCACCAAAAUCCUAACCAGUUUAAAUGUGUGUUAUAUGUAGAAUAUUUCACUGCUUUACCUUCUGUCAGAAAGAAA